AUGGAUGCAUUAAAUGACUCGCUCAACGCCAUGGCUGAAAUGUUCGAACAGAAGAUGAGCGAGUUCCAGCAGGGCCUAGAUAAUGGACCCAUUACAAACACAUCCUUGGCUGCAGACUUUAACAGCUUCAGGACCUUUGUGCUCUCUGCAAUGAAUACUUUGCAGAGACAGGUGGAGUUCCUUGGUAUAGAGGUUGAUCGUCUGGAGAUGCGUAGAAAGCGCAAGAUGCUACUAGUGCACGGAGUCAGCGAAGAUAAGUCGGAAGAUGUUACUUCGCGUGUUUGUAAAGUAGUAGGGGAAUAUCUUGGUGUGACUGGAUUCUCUGUGGCUUCCAUCAAGUCAUCCCAUCGCUUAGGACGUCCUUCCGAAAAGAAACCUCGUCCUAUAGUGGUAAAGUUUGCGGAUGUAGCAUUGCGGGAUAAGGUUUGGUUCUCCAAAACUGGAUUUAAGGGCAGCGGCUUAACUGUGUCAGAGUUUUUAACAAAGAGACGUCAUAACUUAUUUAUGGAGGCAAGGCAGAGAUUCGGCAUAAACAAGUGCUGGACAAGGGAUGGAUGCAUACAUAUUAUAGCCCCAGAUGGUUCACAUCACCGAGCUGAGUGGAAAGCUGACCUACACAGCAUACCACAGACAUCUAAGCCUCUGACUCAGGGUACUGCCAGUCUCACCUCCAGGUCCAAGAGAACGGUGAAAAAUAAGUAA